AUGACCUGGACUUUACCUAAAACAAUUGCAGUCGUUGGAGGCGGCCCAUGCGGUGCAGGGUUUGCUAAGGCUCUUAUCGCAGAAGGUAAGUUCGAGAAGAUUAAAAUAUUCGAGAAGAGGAGUGAUUUUGGGGGCUUAUGGAACUAUACCAAAGAGGAAGAUGUUGAUCUGAUCCCAAUACCGUGCGAUACUCCUAAUGUUGACACCAAACCUGUUUUCAGAGAAGAGUUAAAGGACUAUGUUUGGGCAUCUCCAGUGUACGAUCAUCUUGAUACCAAUGUCCCCAAAGAUGUGAUGAGUUACUCAUCGAUGCCCUUCGAUGAUAACUUGCCCCUCUUCCCACAUAGAUCUGAUGUUGACAAGUAUAUGAAGGAGUAUGCUGAACCAUUGAGAUCCUAUACUUCCUUCAGUACCAAGAUCAUAAAAGUGAAGAGAAAUGACAGUAACACUAAAUGGGUGGUGCAAUCAAGGCCCAUUAGCAUUGAGACCCAAGGUGGUACAGUCAGCUCGGAAAAAGAUGGAUUCCAGGAUUUAUUGGAAGAAUUCGAUGGUGUAGUGUUAGCCACAGGGAACUACGAGCUUCCAUAUGUUCCAAAUAUUGAAGGCUUGAAAAGCUGGUCAACCACUUUCCCAGGAUCAGUUGUUAACGUCAAGAAUUACAGAUCGCCUGCGCAAUUCAAGGAUAUCAAGGGCCACAUUUUGGUGGUAGGAAACUCAGCUUCAGCUAAUGAUCUUUGCUACCAACUUGUGCAGGCCAACGGAGGUUUUGUCUACAAGCUGAAGAGGUCAGAGAAUGUUAUGCCUGCUGGUUCAUCACCCAAAAUCUUGGACGUUCCAGAGAUUAAGAAAUUCGAUACGGAAUUAAAGAGAAUUGAUUUUGUAGAUGGAUCUCACUUAGAGAAUGUGGAGAAAAUUGUCUUUGCUACAGGCUACUUACACUCAUACCCAUUUUUAGAUGCUACUAAUGACUAUGACAUUCCAUUGAUCACCAAUGGCCAUAGAUUACAUGGUACUUAUGAACAUGUUUUGUUAUAUAACUACCCUAACUUGGCUGUGGCUGGAGCAGCAAGGUAUAUUUUACCCACUAGAACGUCCGAAUCGCAAGGUUCAUGGACUGCCAAAGUGUGGUCUGGCUCCAUUCCACAUCCAUCCAGAGAAAGUAUGGUGACUUGGGAAUUAGCAAGAUCAGAAGAGACUGGUGGAGGAAAAACUUUCCACGAUUUGUAUUUCCCUGAGGAUGUGCAUUACGCAAAUAGAUUAAAUGCAGAAAUCUUAAAGGUUAACACUGGACUCAUUCCUUUCAUUUGGGAUAAGGAACAAGUUUCAAUUCGUGGUGCCAUCAAGGAAGUUAAAGAGGGGUACAUUAGAUAUAGAGCAGCCACUGGAAAAUUAGCAAAGUCUUAUCAGGAAAUCGUCGAAUCAGGCCACUUGAAUUCAUUUAUGUUGACUGAUGAACAGAUGAAGGAGAAGGGAUUUUGA